UCUGAACACUUCCAACGAUGAAAGCAAGAAACCUUCUCCUUGCCCUUAGCUUCCGACGGCUGCAACACCCGAUUUUCUCUUUCUGAUCAGUUGUGGCACGCUUUCUCAUUGUUUUUUUUUGGAACAUUCUAAUCUAUUUCUCAAUUAGUCGCAAUGGAGGGAGCUACCGAGGAGAAGGGCAUCUGCUCUCAUGGUUGUGGUGCCGAUGGAACAGAGACAUCCUGGCAAGCUUCCCAAGGAGACGAUGAACAGAAAUUUGAUGUUUUCUUAAGUUUUAGAGGACCCGACACCCGUAAGGGAUUCAUUGCCCAUCUUUAUGAUGCCUUGGUAACAAGCGGCAUCUCUACUUUCAUAGAUAACGUGAAUUUGGAGAAGGGUGAGAGGGUGAAUAACUUGUCUAGGUACAUAGAAAGGUCGAGGAUGUUUGUGCCCAUUAUCUCUAAGGGUUACGUUGAUUCCAAGUGGUGUUUGAGAGAGAUUACCAAGAUGGUGGAGUGCUGGAGGGUGAAGCCAAGGAGGCUCAUCAUUCCUGUAUUCUUCGGUGUCGAACCUUCUCAUGUUGGGAAUCAGAAAGGUCGUUUAAAGCGAAAGUUCCAGAGACAUGAGAAUAAUGAGGAACUAAAGGAAGAGGUGAGCGACUGGAAGAAUACUUUGCAUGAGGUUGGAAAGAUAUCGGGGUUCACCCUAAAGGAUGCAAAUGGGUAGCAGACGAUGCAGGGAGAGGCGAUGACAGGAGCAUCUACAGAGACACGGUGGAGGAAGAUGGGAGACAGGAGAUGGGAGGCGACGUCGCAGGAAACAAUGGCGAGACUUGCCACGGCAACAGGGGCGAUGACGUCGGCCGACGACAUUGGAGCAGCAGGGGCAAUGUUGGAGCAGCAGGGCCGAGAUCAGGCAGGCAACGGGUGUCCGAGCAAUGGUCGAUGGUGUACGAGAGAAAGGCAAAGGGUGACGGCAGGAAGCAGGGGACGCGGCGGAGAGAGACGGAACUUCACAGCAACUCGUCGGGCCAAAAAAUCCCUCUUUUCAGAGAUUCGGCUUUGAUACCAUGUUGAAACAGAAAAAGCCAGUUGAACAAUGAACAGAUACAGAUGUAACAUGGAAAACCCCUCAACUAGAGGGAAAAAAACCACGGGUGAGAGUGACUGGUGCCCACUAGCAACCAGACACUCUCUCUCUCUUAGAUUUUCAUUAACCAUGAAAAGAUGGAUUACUAGGGUAUAAAUAAAACCACAACAUUACAAAGCGGAUCGGGUCUAGACCCAGA